GAUUUAGUGAGCCCUUUGUUGUGGUCUGAGCGAAGUCGUGAUGUUUAAGGCAGUUCCAAACUUGAAGACAUCGUUAGUAGUUUUGUAGAAUUCGAACGAGGUAUCUUGGACCGGGGUUGUCUGGACCAAGUCAUUGUGUAGUUUGUGUUGGGACAAGAUCUAACAAGACACCACACCGAUGGCAAAUGAGCGGCUGAGAGCCCUGGAGGACGUGGAGAAGGAGAUAGCGAUGAUUCUGCAGUGUGCCGGUAAUAUCGUUCUGGAGCUCUCCAAAGACAAACACAACGCCAGCCUUCUGGACAGACAGUUGGGCCAGUUUCAGAGUUCGGUCAACAAGGUGGAGAGUGAACUCAGCACUCAGAUCCGCUACCUCACACAGGUUGCUACUGGCCAGCCUCAUGAAGGCUCGACGUAUUCAGCGAGGAAGGACUGUCAGAUGGCCAUGAACAGAGCAGAGUACACCAAAGUCAAAUUGGUAGAACUUGGACGUACGUGUGAAGUGAUGCUGGAACAGCAGCUACAGCAGCCAUGAUGACUAACGGACACUAUCAUAUAUAUAUAUAGGCCUUUGUUUGUUCAGAUGUUUCAUAUUCUGGACUUUUCAAGUAUACGAAGAAAUGUUAAUGUCUGUCAAAUAUCUUGUUUUUUUUCCCCAAUGAAUUUUGCAUUUCUAA